AUGGCAUCAAAAAUUAGCAAAGGUCUGAUUUCUAUCUUGGCUAAUCUAUCAAAAUUAAUUGUAGCUAUAAGAGAUAUUAAAAAUAUUGAAUUAAAAGAUGCUUGAAACUUGGCAGAAAAUAUCCCACGUUACAAAAUUGCUUAUUCAAGCAUAAAACCUUCCUGCAAUUUUAGGAGCAAACGAUAUAAUCCCAAAUAUUGAGUUUUGUCUGGCCCUGUACAAGAAUUGCAUGAAAUAUGGCAAUUUCCGCAUGUCAAAGGAUAUGCUAAUAUAGUAUACUUAGAAGAUCCACAAAGGCAAGAUCCUGGAGCCGUAGUUAGAAUUGCUAAGGAAUGUGAAUAA